AGAGCUUGCCUCGCCUGGUUCUUCCUCUCCGUCAACCAUGCUAUCGUUCGUGAGCGUGGUGGUUUAGCUGGAAACGCCAGAGAUGGUUGGUAGAGGCCGGCCGAGAAAGAAAGAUCCGUCGUCUAAGGGUGGUGCUGCAACAAAAACAAUAGAUCUGAAAGAUGAAAAGGGGGAGCAAAAUAGCAUCUCGGUUGAGGAAACCAACAAAGAGCAAACUGAGGUCGUGAAGCUUGUUGCUCGCGAUCCAAACCAGAUGGGUCUCGAAAUUGAGGAAUCAGGGCGUUUGAGUCCAAAUCUAGGGGAGAAAGAAGGGGACGCUGAAGAAAUUUUGCUAGAUCUAACAGUUUCGACGCAAGGCCAAAGGAAUAGCAGAUUCGAUGCUGGUCCCAGGGAUGGAAGAGCAGAUAAGGGGAAGAGCGAGGCCGGCCCUGUGGAAGGGAAAGUAGCGAAGGGGAAGAAGGGAGACGCUGGUUUUACAUCCGGUAUGGCGAUGUCCCCUAGUGCUCGGUGGAGUGACCUGAUUGAGAAGGAGAAAGGGGAAUUUCAACCAUCUCUAAAGCAGAAGCCACUGCGUAGUUGGGCUUCGGUUGUGGAAGGGAAUAGGGAUAUAAGUAAAGGAUGGGAUUUGCAAUACAUAAAACCUCAAGAUACAACUGGUGCUGUGGUUAUUAUUAAGGAUGAGUGGGUUAAAGGGUCAAAGAUUUGGGAGAAUGCUCUUGUUGGGUGGAGGGAAUUCCAGAACCCUGAGAGCUUAGGAAAGCUAGCAAGCUAUGUGGGAGUUCCUAUUGCAACUGAUGCAUUAACAGUUAAAAGGCAAAGAGUGGCUUAUGCUCGUAUGCUAGUAGAGAUGGAAAUCAAGGACACUCUGCCCCGUGUAGUUCCUAUUAUUGGUCCUAAGGGUGUAUUCCAGCAGCCUGUGGUCUAUGAAUGAGAGCCUGUCAGAUGUGGUAAAUGUAGAAACCUGGGGCAUGAAGAGAGAAACUGUACUGCAAAGGAAAAAAAGGUGUGGGUUCCA